AUGUCUAACGAAAGUGAAAGGAGUAGGGUCCGCGACGAGGUAGUCCCAGCAUUUGGGCACGCCUCGCAAGGGAGCAAUGCUCUAAAGCGCAGAAAGAAGGGUUCACCCUACUACUUUCGCGGAGCAGUGAGAAUCGCACACAACAUCAACGCGGCCGUAAGCGAGGCCAUAGAUGCGCUGGAAUUUGUGUCGACAGCACAGAAAAAACAACUGUGCAUCUUUGUGGACGGCUCCUUCGACCGACCAACACACAACGGAGGCUAUGCCAUAGUCUACAAUGGCUUUUCGCUCGGGCCAAAUACCUCAAGCGACGAUCGACCUGUCGCAAAAGGAUGGACAGCCAUCCGCACCAAAGACAGCCAUACGUGCGAAGGACUCUCCAUUGCUCAAUCUCUUAGGGAAGCAAUCGAAGAGCUUACCAUUUUGGAGGAACAUGUUGCUACCAGGCACAUUAGUACAGCCGGUGCUCGAGACCCUGUGGAAGUUUCAGUGAAGAUCUUUUCAGACUCACAGACGGUCCUGAAAGCUAUGAAGGCGGGAAAGUUCCCUAAGAAAAUGAAGCACACCGGUCACGCCAUCAUCACUUUCUCGGAGGGGUUGAGGGAGAAGUUUCGUGGACCAGGGUGCAAAUUGAAGGUGGACUUAGUGGUUCACUGGAUACCUGGCCACGAUGCCUCAUUCCCCCUCCACCAGAAUGGAGCGGAUGGCGUUUACGAGGAGGUGAAAGCGGCAAGGCGAUACAAAGAGGAAAGACUUCUGCGAUGGCGAGAGCGCGAGCAAGAAGAGUGGGCAGAGGUCCCUGAGGCCCAGAAUCAUGAGGUCCUGCAACCACAACAGACUGGAGUUGAAGAGAACCAAGCUGGUCAGCCACCCCAACAAACUGAUCCACACACCCAGCAGCCAGCUUCACAACAACCGAAUCAGCAGGAAUGGUACAACCAGGUCCAGACAUACUACGACCAGUAUGCGGGCUACUGGGAGCAGCUAGGUCGCUGGCAGGACUGGCAGAGAGCCCACGGGCACCAAGCGGGUCAGUGGCUAUGGGAUCAUGGCGCAAACCAGUGGAUUUGGCAGUGGGACAACCACAAUCCUGGCGAGACUGGUAACGGCCAGCCGCCCACCUGA